CGGGUUCCCUGUGGUAUACCGGAGGGGUACUAUGGGUAAUCCUAGCAAUCCAAGAUGGCGGCUGCUUGGCGAUCUCAGUUGGGCAAGUUUGCAAAGGAAAUUCGCAUUCAUUUGUGUCAGAAAUCACCAAGUAGCCAAGGAGUUAGGUCAUUUAUCGAGAAGAACUAUGUUGAUAUCAAAAAAGCAAAUCCAAAGUUUCCAAUAUUGAUAAGAGAGUGCAGUGGUAUCCAGCCUAAGAUGUAUGCAAGAUUUGAUUAUGGCAAGGAGAGCAGUGUUUCAUUGCAAGACAUGAAGAGCGAGGAAGUGAUGAAAGCCAUGGAGAAAUUAGUAACAUCUGGUGCAUCUCACUGAAGCUCCUGCAGAUAGUGUAGAUCCAUUGCACUUAACUCAAGUCUAAAACUUUUCAAAAGUUCUUCUGAAAAGUAUUAUGCAAAUUUUAUUGUUUGUAUGAGGUCUUACAAACAGGAUGUGCCCAGAAAAUUGAGUAAAUGUAUUGUUUUCCUUUGUUAAAAAUAAACAAAUUUUAAUAUUG